AUGACAACUGAUGAAAUUUCACAAAUUACUAGUUUAACAUCGAAUUAUCUGUUUUCAAAUGUGACAGUACUUGAACUCAUAAUCAAUAAAAUAUGGUCCGUCGAUUUAAUUGAACAUCUUUCAACCAUUGUUAAUCUAUCCAAUCUUCAAAAAUUGGAGUUAUAUUUUCAGUACAACUGUAAGACUGCUAGUUUGGAUGCCGCAUUGAAAAUUCUAUUCAAACGAGCAUCAAAUCUUCGUUCAAUUGACAUAGACGAUAAUGAUUCUGAAAGAAUGAGGAAGCUAAUUCUUAAUUAUAUCAGUUUGAAAUUACCUCGCCAUAUAAGACGCCUUGAUAUUAGUAUCAAGGACGUGGACGAUGCAAAAAUGCUAUUGGAGAGAGCCGAACAUUUGUCAAGUGUCAAAUUUCGCGUACGUGACCCGUAUGUAUUCGAGAAGCAUAUCAAUGAAUGGCUCUCACAAAAGGGAAGAGACGUUACAUCUAAGAUAGAGUCAGAUCCGGCGUAUAGGUGUAUCCGCACGUGGCAAAAAUAUCCGCUACAUUUGUGGCUUGGCAAGAGUAUGAAUCAGCAAUCGGAUACAUCAGUUAACCACAAAUGUGUGAAGCAAACGCACCCCAAUCACUAGUCAUGAUUCUGUAGUGUCCUUCUUCUAGAUCCAUUUGAUUUCCAUUGUUCAUUAACAUGUUAAUCAAUUUAUUGAACAAUGGAUCUUUAGGUAAAAGCUAACAUAUUUGUAAUUAUAGUCAUUUUUCUUUAAUAAAGAUAUCACUUAAAAAUAUUUGUGCGCCUAUAAGUCUUCUUUUCAUACACAUUCGUAUACCAACUAGAACUGUUUCAUCGAUGUUUUUAUUAAUUCUGAUGUUUGUGUUAUCGCGAUAUGGGUGCGGAUAGAUAUUUAGAUGUACCGAAUCUAUCAGAGUGCGCGAACAACCGUUCAAGAAAACUUUAGGAGUGUUAUUAGUAUCUGGGAAAUUUUUUGAAAAAUGAUAGAUGGCAUGUAGCACAUGUCUCAAUUACAAAAUCACCUGAAAAUGUUUUUCGAAAAGACUUGCCAUGCACGCAUAAACUUGAUAGAAAUAAAAUCUAUUGAACUUUCGAACUGUGAAUUUCUAUUUCUCUACUGAUACAACAUGGCUAGUGUGAACGUGUUUUCAUCAAGACAGAUGCUUGAAACAAAGUAUUGCAUAUUAUAAAAGGAAAGCUUUCGCUUUGCAUGUUCAUCACAUUACUAUGGUUCUCAGUACUUUAUUCUGCAGAAAAAAAGGUUGCGAAACAAAAUCUCAAGGUAUUUUUGGAUGCAUUAUGAAAAACUAUUUUUUUGCCAGUUAGAAUUCUCCUGUAAAAUUCUUACUCUCGUACCAUCAGAUGCGCAAUUAGAUCCUGAACAAAUCUAGUAUAUAUUCACUAAAUGAGCUAUAGAAGUUAGUCUACUCUGAACCAAUUGAGAACAGUAGCUCGACUUUGUCCAGAAUCAGGUUUUUCAAAAUAUUUCGAUGUUUUCUAUUUCGUAACUUUUCUCCAAAAUAUAUGUGAGUGCGGGUGUGUGUGUGAACGAAAGAGAAACCACGACAUUCACACCCACACUCAGAAAUAGUCAAACACUUUACUCCAUUGGUAAGUAAAGCCAUACCUCAAGACAAAUAAAUAUUAAUUGGUUGCAUGAUGAAAUCUGUCGAAUUGAUAACAACAAGACCAUGAAUGAAAAUAAAAUAAACAGCAACAGGAGCAUCUUCGACAGUAAAUUCUGUUCGUGAUACCAAAGGUAUAUGAAGAAUACCAGUAGAAACGAGACUAGUAUUAACAUUUAUUGGUGAUAUUUGAUAAAAAUUAUGUCUUUAAAUUGCAAGCUGGUCUCAUUUCUUGUGAAUCAUAUCGAAUAAGUCCUUGUACCUGUCGAUUAAUAUCAAUUCGAUGAGGUGGUUAUAUUUCAACAUCUAGACAAGUAUCAGUUAUAUUAACAACAUAACCAGCUGUAAAUGGUAAUGGAUCGAAAUCAAUCGACAAUGAAGUGAUUUUUAAUUCAUUAGAAUACUGAAUAUAGAAUAUAGACAUUAUUGAGGUACCUAUUAAUAAUGUUUGAUCUAUUCCUUGCCCGAUUAUUAUUCAAUUAGUUGCAUUAGAUAUAAUAAUUGUUGAUGACAAAUUAUAUGUACCAAAUCCAAAGAGAAUAGAACUAUUUAAUCCAUAGCUAAUGGCUGCAUUGGUAGCUAAUUGAAUCGAUAUUAUCAUUUGGAUAUACACCAAAUAUUAAAACAUAAAAUGUUUUUCCUGUAACCGAUAAACAUGUUAUGCACAUUAUCGGUUCCGGAUAGUUGUGAAUAGUAUGAUGGAAAUCAUGAUAAUUUCGUAACUUUUCUCAUCAUAUCUUUUUUCUGUGUUAACAGUUUCUGAAAUUAGGUCAUUUAAAACUGGAAGUCUCUUUUUCGGAAAUCUGAAUAUUCCUAGAUGAAACGCUUAACCGAAUCAGAUAGCAUAGUGGUAGAUCAAAUUUUGUCCUCACGUUCGCCAAUAUGACUUGUUUGGAAACGUAUGUACCUAUUUUUCUUACUUCUGCUCUCUCAAAGUUGAACCACCGACUACCGUGGUACAUAUAACAGCUAAACGAUUGAGAAACACGUUAGUUUUUCGUACUUAGAGGACUUCCGAUAAAUUACUUUUAAUGAUCUCAGCAAUGCUGUAAGGUUGAUAUACCUUGAGAUUGUUUUUAUUUAAUAGUAAAGAAAGAAACUCGAAACCUAAUUAGAAUAGGAAAAUUGUUUAUAGAUUCUGUCAUUAUAUUGUUUAGUGGUUUAUUUCGAAAAAUGAAAAAUGUACUGAAGUUUCAUGGUGUGAUCUGUUCAGUUUCAGGUGGUAAUUUGCUUAGAGCAUACUGUACUUCGAUUACAAGCAGACUUUCUUCCGGUAGCGUAUGUUUGUAAAUUUCCAGAG